CGGCAAUCUAUCAUUCAGCUGUUCAGAAGAGGCAUGGCAGAUGAGGAAAGUUUGUUAUGGAGAUUUUUGUUCUUGGGGGUCGAGGAAAAUGUGUAUAGACCAAGAUUACAGGAGAUUCCGGAGUCUAAUAUCAUUGAUAGAUUGAUACAAAGAGGAAGAGGAAAAGCAAUUAUUGACUGGAUUAAAGAAAACAAAGAGAAAUGUUGCAAAUUCUAUCCAUUUGCAUACUCUCUUGCCAUAUGUGCAAAAUGCAACAUGCCACAAUUAAGACAAGAAGCACUGGAUGCUUUAAAAUUUGUUUGCAGCACACCAACAGAGCUCUUUAUGUUUUUAUCGUAUUGCGCACAGAUAGACAGCUCACAGAAUGGAUUAUACUGGAGGUACUCCACACAGCAGCAGUACAAAAGAAGGCAAGGAAUAUCAAAGCUAGUGAGAAUAAGAAGCUGGCCAAGGCAAUUCCGCAGGGGUAUCGCACUCUGGUAUACAGCAAAUCCAAGAUAUCAGCAGGAUAUUCUAAAUCUAGCUAAGCAUGUCACUAAAUAUCAGCAUCGACAUGGCUUCAGUCACAAAAGAGUUAUAAAGUCGUGUCACCCAAAAUCUAGAAAUGAAAACAUGAAAUAUAUAUUUUGCUAUGUUCUAAAAGGACUCUCCCAUGCAAACCAAAACUUUGCAGAUGCCAUAAGAAAUGGGAGGAUAAACGGUCAGGUCACAAAAUUUUUUAAAGACUUGGAAGAGUUGAAAAAGCCAGAUGUUAAUGUUGAACUUGUUUUUGAAAUGAUCAACAAAUGGGAUCUCUCAUGGGAACACAUUCCGACAAAAUUUCUGAAAAAUCCACGUGUUUGGAAAACACUUUUGAUGAGAGAUAUGCCAUUAAUGGCCUUAAUUAGGAAUCUUGGAAAAGCAGGAUCCAUGGAGCUUCUUCAACCUGGGAGUGAUGAAGAAAGGAGGGUUUGUGAGAGGCUAACCAACAUUGAACUUGUCAACAGCAGUAGACUACAUCCUAUAGAUAUCAUCUCAGCGUUAACAGGUUAUAGAAGGGGAGAGGGAUCUGGAGGAAAGGAAUGGCCCAUCAACGAGAAAAUCAUACAAGCUCUUUAUAGAGCGUACAUGAAUAAAUUAUCAUGCCGACCCUCAACAGAAAAAAGACUGCUUAUUGCCAUCAAUAUCAAAAUGAACUUUGACAAUUAUGUAGUGGGAAAGCAGUGGCUUUCUUGUAAGGAAGCAGCUGUAGCUAUGGCAAUGAUGCUAGCAGAAAAUGAAAGGUCUGCUGAAAUUGUAACUUUUGGACACUUUGUGCGUAGAUUUGAUGUUCCAAGACACAACGACAGUAUGGGAGAUAUCGAAAUUGCAUUAGAAAGAAUUGCUUCAAUACGAGAGGAGGGAAACGCACCUCUGUCGUUCACUGCACCAUUUGUUUAUGCAGAAGGAAGAGAAGAGCCUUUUGAUGUCAUCAUAUUGAUUACAGACAAAGUUAAUUUACCAAAAGUUCAAGAAAUCCAGUCAGGUUUCUCUAAUUACAAACUGUGUCAUUCUACUGCCAAGUGCAUCACGGUGCAUUUUAAACACAGCAAACCUACCUCAUUCUCACACGACUCCAGCAUGUUGGAUGUGAUUGGUGUAGAUGCUUAUGCUUUAGAAGUCAUCCAAGACUUCAUACUAGGUUAUCAUGAUGACAUGGCAAGCAUUAUAGGGGAUGUUGUAGAUUUGCGAAUAUAAAAUAUAUUCACUAUUUUAUGAAGUACAUCUGUAUUUUUUAGUGAAAAUUUAAGUAAAUAAAAGUUAAACUUUCGAAAA